GGUUUCUACGUACCUACAUAGAUUAAUUCCUUCACACUUUGUAAUUUUAUUACAACCACGCGCCAUUGAGGGCUACUAUGCCCAUCUCAACCCCAUCACAAUGGCAUCUUCCCAUAGACUAGCCUGGCGUUUCCUCUCCUCGCCAGCUCACCCACUUUCUACCCCCAAACGAAUUCCCUCCCACCUUCGUCCUCGAAUCGCCACACGCCAUGCCUCUACCUCGUCGACAGACUCUCAGCCGAUCUCCCGGUUAAGGCCGUGGCUUUACGCAACUACUGUCGCAGCAACCGGCUACGUAGUAUACGUGUAUACCACCGACACGCGCGCCUUCGUCCACCGCUACGUCGUGCCCCCGCUACUCCGCUUCGUCUACCCAGAUGCCGAGGAAGCGCACAACGCAGCCGUCUACUCCAUGAAGAACCUGUACAGCCUGGGCCUGCACCCACGAGAGCGUUCUCCCGCCGCCGGCACGCCCGAGCUCUCCGUCUCCGUCUUCGGCUCGCAGCUAGCGAACCCCGUCGGCAUAUCAGCGGGGCUGGACAAGCACGCCGAGAUACCAGAUGCGUUAUUCGCGCUGGGCGCUGCCGUGGUCGAGGUCGGCGGCUGCACGCCGCGGCCCCAGGAGGGAAACCCCAAGCCGCGCAUGUUCCGCAUCCCCACUCUCGACGGGCUGAUUAACCGGUACGGGUUGAACUCGCGCGGCGCCGAUAAUAUGGCCAUGCAACUGCGGGACCGGGUUCGGCGAUUCGCGAAGAAGGUCGGGCUCGACGAGGCGAGCGUCCUGGACGGCGAGGCUAAUGUGCCGCCGGGAAGCUUGCUGCCGGGUCGCAUGUUGCUGGUGCAGAUCGCCAAGAACAAGGAGACGGACGAGCGGGACGUGGACGCCGUGAAGAGGGAUUACGUGUAUUGCGUGCAGCGGUUGGCGCCGUACGCGGACGUGCUCGUGGUUAACGUGAGCAGCCCUAACACGCCGGGCUUGCGAGACCUGCAGGCCGUGGAGCCUUUGACGAGGAUACUGGGCGCCGUGGUCGACGAGGCGAAGAAGACGAAUCGGAAGGAGAAACCCAAGGUGAUGGUCAAGGUCUCGCCUGACGAGGAUGAAGAUACCCAGAUGGAAGGCAUCGUGCAGGCGGUGUGGUCGAGUGGCGUUGAUGGAGUUAUUGUAGGAAAUACUACUAAACGCCGGACGGGACUGAUCCCGCCGAGAGUGAAUAUCACGGCAAAGGAACAUGCCACAUUGACGGAGACUGGUGGGUACUCCGGUCCGAUGAUGUUGGACCGGACUGUAGAUUUGGUCAAGCGUUACCGAAGAAUGCUAGAUGGCCGGUCGUUUCAAUCUACUGUGGCCAAGGUGACGGCAGACGAGGCUGCCGAUGCAAGUAUAGCGGCUAUCGAGGGGACUAUCACCGGAUUCUCUGAGAACGAGCCGAAGACUAGCUCCAACCAGCACCCGGAGCAGAAGGUCAUAUUUGCUACCGGUGGAAUUACCAAUGGACGUGGGGCAUUGGAGGUACUGAAUGCCGGCGCAAGUAUUGCCAUGAUCUACACGGGCCUCGUUUACGGGGGCGCUGGAACUGUAACACGUAUGAAGCGGGAAAUGAAGGAGGAAGUGGCGGCGUAAAAGUGAACAUAAGUAGAUGAAAAGGGGCUAGUAAGCGUAUGAGGAUUAUUGUACUACUAUCACCGUACAUGCAUCAUAGACGAUUAGAUGGGAUGGUCUAAAUCAAGAUGGGCCUACAUUGGAACCUAAUUAUGCCGAUUUUAU